GGAAAAUCCCCAGGAAGGGCAAAAGCAUUCCUGAGUGUGCCAAAAAAUAGAGGGAUGAGAGAAGUUGUUAUUCUUCUGCAAAAUAUUGUUUAGUAAUGCAUUAGCAAAGAUGGUGCAGUGCUUGGAAGAGCAGGGAAUGCACAGCAAGGAGAAAUAGCAAGAACUGAAGAAGGUUUGCUGUUUACUUGAAAAGUGCCUUUUUCCAGAGUCACUUUUGCCAGUAAGUGCUACCGUUUGUGGAUUUAACACUUUCUUGCCAAACAGGAUCCAAUUCCGAAGUGAGGCUGCCAUUAACUUGCAUGUGUUCACUUGCCAAUAGCUUGACGUGAAAUGGACUGAUCGUCGACAAAGAGGACAUACGCACUAUCUAGUUUAGAUUUUUCAGAAGGCUGACAGUGUUGUUUUCAUCAUUAUUCAAUCUAUACCAAAAAAGUGUCCAAGUAAGAAUUAAGAUUCUGUCGAGGAGCAACACUCAAUUGGACUAACUUUAUGGAAAGUCAGAGUCGGCCAACAUCCAAACUACCCUGACAUUUCUAACUGCUGAAGACUACGAGCAUGUUGUCUUCUCAGCCAAAAUUGAACAAGUGGUGUAACUUGAUUCAUUAGUGACUUCAUAUUGAUUAAUUAGCUCUUCUGAUGCUACUUUGGAUUUCAUUCAGCAAUCUAUUCCACCUGAGAAAGCUAUAUUUUUCUUGUUCAUUUUUCUGAAACUUUAUAAGGAUUUUCCAGAUUCUCUGAGAAUUUUAGUUGGACAAUUACCAACCAGGCUCUGGGUAGAUUUGUUGUGGUUGGAGGUUUUUUUUUUUUUUUUGUUCUAUUCUUUACACCAUGGCUUUGAAUGUAGCUCCCGUAAGGGACACUAAGUGGCUGACACUAGAAGUGUGCAGACAGUUCCAGAGAGGUACUUGUUCAAGGUCUGAUGAGGAAUGCAAAUUUGCACAUCCACCUAAAAGCUGUCAGGUGGAAAAUGGACGUGUUAUUGCUUGCUUUGAUUCCCUUAAGGGUCGUUGUUCAAGGGAGAACUGCAAAUAUCUUCAUCCGCCAACGCAUUUAAAAACCCAGCUUGAAAUUAAUGGCAGGAACAAUCUUAUCCAGCAGAAAACAGCAGCAGCCAUGCUCGCCCAACAGAUGCAGUUUAUGUUUCCAGGAACUCAGCUCCAGCCAAUGCCCACAUUUCCUGUAGGCCCAGCAUUAGGAACAAAUACAGCUAUUAGUUUUGCUCCAUAUCUUACAUCGAUGACCCCUGGAGUUGGACUGGUCCCUACUGAAAUGCUACCCUCUACACCUAUGAUUGUUCCAGGAAGUCCACCUGUAUCAGUUCCUGGCUCUACUGCUACACAGAAACUUCUCAGGACAGAUAAACUGGAGGUAUGCAGGGAGUUUCAGAGAGGAAACUGUGCAAGGGGAGAGACUGAUUGCCGCUUUGCUCAUCCAGCAGACAGCACGAUGAUUGAUACAAAUGAUAACACUGUAACCGUUUGUAUGGAUUACAUUAAGGGUCGCUGCAUGAGGGAGAAAUGCAAAUAUUUUCACCCUCCUGCACACUUGCAGGCCAAAAUCAAAGCUGCACAACAUCAAGCCAACCAGGCUGCAGUAGCAGCACAAGCGGCUGCUGCAGCUGCAACAGUGAUGACGCAGUCGACUGCCAAAGCAAUGAAGCGACCUCUCGAAGCAACUGUAGAUCUGGCGUUUCCUCCUGGCGUUCUUCACUCAUUACCAAAGAGACAAGCUCUCGAAAAAAGCAAUGGUGCAAGUGCACUUUUUAAUCCUAGCGUCUUGCACUAUCAACAGGCUCUGGCUAAUGCACAAUUGCAGCAACCUGCAGCAUUUUUCCCAGCAGAUUUUUUGGCCUCACAGUUGACAUCAACUCACCACAAUUUACUGUUGAUUCCCAUGAUGCACAGCGCUACGUCCGCCACUGUCUCUGCAGCAACAACUCCUGCAACAAGUGUCCCCUUCGCCGCAACAGCCACAGCCAAUCAGGAAGCAUUGGAUUGGCUGAGAUCAUCAAAAUUGCUCAUUCUGGGAGGCAGGGCAGGCAAGAUGAAGGAAGAAAGAUUAUACUGAAAUAAUCAACAAGAGUAUAAUAGAUCAUCAAGAAGAUUCACAGAAGAUAUCAAAGCAUCCAUAUUGUACAUAUUAUCCAGCCUCCUCCUCUAUAGAGUUGCCACAAACUGCAUGCUAAAAAAAAAAAAAAAAAAGAUAUUCUCUU